AUGGAGCAACGAGUCCCAACUUAUACUUCAAGCCCAUACCAGUACAUUGAGAAUUACUCGGAACCGUACGAGGCACAAACCCGCAAUACAAACGAACCGAUAACUGGAUCGUUCAAUGAACGCCCAUCUUUCCAUAACUUUGACCACGAUACAUUAGUACAUCGACCAAUGGGUACUCCAAUGGAAUUCAUGGAUAUAUUGGCACUUGAGGUAUCUUGCGGUAGCCCGCAUUCAACAAGCUCUACCAUAAGUCACUCUGAGAGCGUGUCUUCACCGCCUUACACCGGCUUCUCAGCUUACAACACCCUCGAACCAGCUUUCCACAACGUCCAACACAGUUCAACCAACCAUGCGGCUGUUUCGAAUGAACCUGAGUCUCUCUGGCCAUCCACCUACCCUGAAGUCACUUCCUGGAACUCACGACCUUAUGUUCUGCCCUAUCACGAAAUCCCCAGCUACGAACAGCGCUCCUAUCAACUGAUGCCGACUAUUUUGCCUGAACCAAGAGUAUCCGCACCCGUACCCUACCUGCCAUAUCCUAUGCCACAGCAGGAUUCCCCAACCCCAGCUGUGGAUUCUGGGGCUUUCGAUCUCUCAGGCUUCAACAACAUUGGCGAUGAAAGCGACGACCUGAGCGAUUCUGAUAGCGAUGACUCGUGGCAUGACGAACCCUCUUCAUCCAGACGCCCAAGAAGAUGGUCUUCUAGGAGGGCUCAGCCUAGAUCCAAUGUCUACAGGCUUGAGGGAUGGUCCGCCAACACAUGUACCUUCCACACAACAACCGAUCGCAGGCAUCAGUGCUUGGAAUUGAUCGGGCCCAACAAAGACACGCCUUGCCCCAAAAAGUUUCAACGACCAGAGCAUCUUCGCCGUCAUAUCAGAAGUGUUCACGGCAUUGGCCUCGUCAACGUUUACAAAUGCAAGGUUCCUGAUUGCUUUGCGCGCUUCCGAAGGAGUGACAACUUCCGCUCGCAUUAUCUCACACACUUGAGGGUUGGGAAGAGAAAGGGCAACAAUAGGAAGAUGACAUACCAGGAACUCAAGGGAAUCCUUGGUCCCAAGGAAAAGGAUCUGGUAAGAUGGAUCAAGAACAAGCUCACGCAAACCUGA